UGGCUGCAGACCCUCAUCACUGCCUAUUGCUGCCUGGGAUACUCAACACCUGCGUGACCCGCGUGACAGCCGAGCAGCAGCGCGACCCUCUCAGCUUUCCAGAAAAAGAAAACAAACGAAAAAAAAAUGGUGGUGACUGUCAAACCCUGGAGUGCCAUGGUAGCCUUGGUCCUCUGUGUGCUGGUAUGCCUGGGCACUUUUGUCGAUGCCUACCCUCCUAAACCAGAGAAUCCUGGAGAUGACGCGCCCCCCGAGGAGCUGGCGAAAUAUUACUCCGCACUCAGACAUUACAUCAACCUCAUCACCAGGCAGAGAUAUGGUAAGAGGUCCAGUCCUGAGACUGUGCUGUCUGAUCUGCUGUUCGGCGAUAAUUCUGAGCGCAGCACCCGGACAAGAUUUGAUGACUCCUACAUGUGGUGAUUCCUUACCUUCUCUCCAACUCUGGUGUCAUGCCCACCACUGGGAGCCUGGCGCAUUGAAGAGCCCCUCAGCAGGAGCGUGACGGCCGCACUCAGACAUUUCCUAAUUGUGUUCAGACCUUCGCAGCAUGCAAUUCUCCUCCCUCUCUCCCUCACUCUCUCUCUCUUUCUCCCUUUCCCUCUCUCUCUCUCUCUCUUACUCUCUCUCUCUCUCUCUCUCUCUCUCUCUCUCGGCUUUUGUUCUGCCCUUUCCCUUUUAUCCCCUCCAUCACUUUUUGGUUUAAUUUGGCGUGUACCUAUAGAGGGACAAUUGUACAUAAUUUAUUAUGAGAAAUGACAUUGGAAAAAAAAAAUAUAAGAAGUCAAAAGCACUAUUAAAAAAAAAAGAGAUUCUUUUGUUUGUAUUGUAAAAAUGCUUAUGUGAGAAUAAAGUUUAAUGGAUGAUUAAAACUGG